AAAUUCAAAUCGUAUAUUAUAAACAUCGUUUUACACUAUGACAAUAUGACCGAUUGACCUUCCAUAGUUUCCCAUAAUCCCUCACCAGUUACGUAUUUCCGGUUAAUCACACUUGCUUUAUGGUUUUGGAGCGUCGCCGAAAGGAUAACAAGUAAGAGAUGGCGGGUGGAUUUUCUAAAUUAUUAGACGUCUGAAAUACAGCUAUCAUAGAAUAUAUUAUAUAGGUUUUAAUGAAGAUAAACAUGCUACAUAUCUGCUGUGUAAUCAGCAAUGGAUUUGUCAAUGUUUCCGAGAGAGCCGAGUGAAGAGAUGUGACAUUGAGAAGAAGGCAGACAAGACGAGGCGAAUAGGCAGUGGUUGGCUCCAUGGACUGUCAAGGCUAGGCUAGCUAGCUUCCUAGCUAACAUUCCUGUGUGCCCUGUAGUCUGUUUAGUGGGUAUUCCUCCUCAUAGUCAUGUGUAAUGUUACUGUGGAGUUUAGACCGGAGCAGGAAUAUUACAAAAAGGAAUCUAAUGUUGGACGUCUAUGUAUUUGACCUUGUGCCAGUUAGCGAUGGAUUAGCAUUAGGCCCCGUGUAGCUCAGUUGGUAGAACAUGGCGCUUGCAACGCCAGGGUUGUGGGUUCGAUUCCCACGGGGGGGGCAGUAUGAAAAAUAAAUAAUGUAUGCACUCACUAACUGUAAAAGUCGCUCUGGAUAAGAGCGUCUGCUAAAUGACUAAAAUGUAAAUGUUAGCUUGAGUGUGAUCCUUCUAGCUAGCUAACGUUUGAACCAAUGAUGUGUAUAAACCCCGGAUGCCGAGGGGGCGCUGUAUUGAAGCCACCGUGCAGCCAUCUUGGUACUCCUCCUCAAUUGUAAAAAAUAUUUUGGAAGCUAUAGAAAUGCAUUUAUUAAUGUUUACAUUAGUUUUUGACACGUUCAUUAUAUUAGGCACCUUAAUGCAUACUUUGAAAUUACAUUGUGAGCUUAACCUAAAAAAUAUAAUAUGAAGAAAUAUAUAUAUAUAUAUGAAAACAUUUUCCUUAAAGUAUUUUUUUUUGAGGGUGCUAAUGUUACUGUCCCCACUACAACAACAAAAAUACUUAAAUACAUGUAAUUUUAUCCUUGAAACAUUUAAUUGAAAUACUGUAGAAUUCCAUUCAUUCCUAUGGCUGACUGCUCCUACUAGGGAGUGCCAAUAUGGCCGACCGGUGGCUUCAAACCCUCUCAAUAACCAAUAUCUAACAACUGCCAAGCUGCCAAGACAUUCGGGGUCACUGAGUGUAAUGUAAGAAGAUGGCGAGCAGAAAAACAACGUCUAAAAGAUGCUAACAGUCAGCGAAAAUCCUUCCGUGGUCCUCAAAGUGGUCGUUUCAUUGAGGUUGACCGGAGGGUUUUUGAAUAUGUCAGGGAAAAAAGAGUUGAGGGAAUGCCCAUUACCAGAGCUGUCAUCCAGGUUAAGGCCCUGGAAAUCGCCAGAGAGCUCAACAUCACUGGAUUUAAAGCCAGCCUCGGCUGGUGUCGUAGGAUGAUGCGGCGUAAUGGACUGUCACUUAGACGGAGAACGAGUUUGGCCCAACGCCUGCCGUCAGACUUCGGAGAGAAGCUGCUUUCGUUUCAGCGCUUUAUUAUCAACCUGAGGAAGAAGCACUCCUACCCGCUGGAUCAGAUCGGCAAUGCUGAUCAGACACCCGUUUAUUUCGACAUGCCAACAUCGGUGACUGUCAAUAGAAAGGGAGAAAAGUCUGUGUUGGUGAAAUCAACGGGCAACGAGAAGAGCCGCGUCACUGUCAUGUUGACAUGUCUCGCUGGUGGCAGCAAACUCCCCCCGUAUGUCAUUCUUAAGCGUAAGACUGUGCCAAAGGACCCAAUGCCAGCUGGCAUUAUUGUGCGCGCCCAGGAGAAGGGCUGGAUGGAGUCGGGGCUUGUAGUGGACUGGCUAAAGGUUGUGUGGGGCGCACGCUACGGGGGACUGAGGAAGAGGAGGAACAUGCUCGUUCUGGAUGCGUUCCGCGGACAUCUGACUGAGCCCGUGAAAAGUCAGGUGCGAGCAAUGAACGGGGAUCUUGUGAUCAUACCAGGGGGAAUGACAAGCCAGCUACAGGUGUUGGACGUAGUUGUGAACAAGCCUUUCAAGGAUAACCUGCGAAAAAAAUACACAGAGUGGCUCCUGUCUGGCAACCACGCACUCACACCGACCGGGAAAAUACAGAAGCCGUCAGUCCGUCUACUGUGUGAAUGGAUCCUGCAUGCAUGGGAUGCUAUUCCCUCACAGAGCAUCAUCGAUGGCUUUAAAAAAUGUUGCAUCUCAAAUGCAUUGGACGGCAGCGAGGACGACGUGCUUUGGGAGGAGCCGGUGGAAGCGGAGCAGCUGGGGAGCGAUGACAGCGAGAGCGAACACAGCGGGGCAGAGGACGUGUGUGAGGGAUAGAGAGACAUCGGAGGAGAAGUUUGGCGAAUUUUUGUUAAGUUUAGUUAAAUGUGUGGCCUGUAUUUUCUCUGUUAUUUAAAAAUGUUGCUUUAUUAUUGCUUGAUAUUAAUUUUGAAUCAUACUGUACAUAGUUUGCCUUUGUGUUUAAUUCACUGUGUUUUUAAUAUUGUUAUUUUAAAAUAAAAUGAAGUUCUUUGUUCGGCAAAUCUAGUCUGCAAAUCUGUUUUUCUAAAUGUUUGUGUUGAAAAACGGGGGGUCGUCUUAUAAUCAGGGUCGUCUUAUAUUCGGACCAAUACGGUACAUAGCAAAAGCAAUCCAGGGUUUAUAUACGUCAUUGGUUUGAACCAGUACCUGGGCUUGAAGAGACUAUGAAUAUGACAUCUCCUCUGACGUCCAGAUCCUUCAAUUCAAAGUCCCAUUAGCCAGUUCUGCAAAUGUUAUGUCAAAAACGUUCGGUUCUCAACAAUAUAUGGAGUUUCAUAGAGCAACUAUCGUCAUUACUGCCGUUACUCAUGGUAUGUACUUCCAAAAAAGGUCAAAGAAAAAACAAAAUCAAUGAUCUUUCUGGAUGCUGUACUGCGGCUGGAUCAGCCGACCUGCGUGUGGCAGUAAGUAAGGUGUAUUUGGCGCAUGCACACUUGGUAAAUAUUUUUCUAUAUAUACUUUUUUUUGCCCUUUUUUGGAAGUACAUGCCAUGCGUAACAUAAGUAAUUACGAUAGUUCUGCGAAACUCCAUAUUUUGAUGAGUACCCAACACAUUUUGACAUAAUGUUUGCAGAGCUGACUUUGGGACUUUGAACUGAAGGAUCCUGGGUUUCGGAGGAAAUCUCGUCAUAUUCAUCCUCUCCUGAAGCCCAGGUACUAGGUCAGCUAACGUUAGCCUAGGUUGAAAUUAACAACUCAUUAUUUUCAACAUGGACGUUAGCUAGCUAUCUAACUGUUAGCCUGUCUAACGUUACCAUGGAAAUGUUUGGUUAAUGUAAGCUUGAAAUGUCCACUGCAGAUUGAUGGCUAAAUUGAACGAUGGCUAGCUAUGUUUAGUUUGCUAGGCAACUUUCUAGCUUAGAAAUUUUUGCUGCGUAACUUUAUCUAGGUUAAGGUAGCUAACUAAGUGGCAAGCAAGCUUUUCCUCUUUUUUGUUGUUGUUGCCAGUUCUGUUUCUUUGAUUUUAUUUGUUACAAAAACUGGUUUAUAGCAAUGUGUGUAUGGGAGGUGACAAUAACUAGUUGCUAAAUGUAUGAUUAGGGAGAUGUGCAGUUUCAUAAAUUAUUGUUGAACUGUUGCUAUUUUUCGAUUUAUAAAUUAAUUGAUUAAGAAUAAACGUAACCACACUAUUUUACAAAGACUUGAUGGCUAGCCGCUAGGCUAUAGUUUCAUGUCAUCAGAAUAACUUAUCGGCGAUUCGUUGGUCAGUAAUGUUUUGUUACAGUAGUAGCUAGCUAUAUUUAAUCAUUUUCUCAUGUAUGUUAUUUUUUUCAGAAUGCUGGCCACCAGAGCCCUUAGCCUUGUUGGCAAACGUGCAAUUUCCACAUCAAUAUGUGUACGUGGGGGACAUGGUGAGUGAUUAUGUUGGCAGCACACACCAAAUACUUGACCUUCAUGGUAUGGACGUUUAAAGCCACCCUCUGUAAAUUGUACCUACCACUAAAAAGUUGACAAACAAAUGUAAACAAUGGAUGAAAUACACCACCACCAGCAUGGUUUGGAGAUAUACAGGAAUCAGACAAUACCAUCUUAUUGUAGAAUAAGAUAUUACAGCUUUAUUAGGUAAGCUAAAAAAGCAGUUAUGCGGCUCCCAAAGGCACACAGUAUGUAUUUGCCUAUGCACGUAUUUGCUAAGCAGGUCCUAUGCAGGUUUGAAUACAUGUAUUUAUUGGUUAUGUGUGUCAGUCCUAUGUAGUAACAUGGUGAGUUUCCUGCAGGUGUUGCCAAGGUGGACGACUACGCUCUCCCAUGCUACUUUGACAGGCGGGAGAACCCCCUCCCCGACGUCCAGUUUGUGACCGAGCUGAGUGCAGCGCAGAAGUCCUUAAAGGAGAAGGAGAAGGGCUCCUGGGCUACACUCUCCAACGAGGAGAAGAUUGCAUGUAAGUGGUUUUUACCCUUUUGUUUUUGUCCGUUUUGUUGUCGCAAGGUAAAUGCUUACUCAAAUAAAACAAAACUGCUAUUGCAUAGUUGUUUGGCUAUCUGUUCUGUUAGUAAGGAUGUAACAAUUCACCGAUACGCAUCAGACCCCGGUUCAAAUGUUUAAGAUGCGAGUGCAUCGGUCCGUGGGAGGCCAAACCGAUCCAUAUGAAGCAUGCAUUGGUAAGAAAACCAAUUCAAACGUUACAAAUCGCCGGUUCCCUAACGUUUAUUACUCUUUUUUUUUUUUUUUGCCUUAUUCCGAAAAUACCUCAUCUGUUGUGACUGAAUUGAUGUGUCCUCUUCAGCCUAUCAAACUUUUAUGCAUGUCACUGCGUAUGAUAUUGAUCUACAAGUCAGAUAACUGUGCGCACAGUGCGGGAGACACAGCUGCACGCGCCAACGAGAGGUAGGCCUACCCUAACCCUGUUCGUAGGCUACAGCUGCACGGCACAUUCAGCAUUCAGAUGUUUUUAAAAUGGCUUUCGAAUUAUUCAGUCAUAGGCUUUAUUAAUUGAGGGACAACCAAUAUAAUUUGCUGGGUCAUUAGCUAGGUUUCCAUCUAAUUUGCGACAGAUUUUCAUGCAAAUAUUCUAAAAUCCUCAUAAAAACAAUUUUCCCAAUAGAUGUUUCCAUCAAAUUGACUUGUUGGUGAUAAAAGGCUCUGUGUGAUGACGUAGUGCACAUAAAAAUAGCUUUUGCGGUUAAAUUCCCACAUACCGAACAAAAAACACAAGUUAAAUGGGUUUCCAUCGCAUUUUCAACUCUACUGAUGGUUUUCUCACAAAAAUUAUGUUAUAUUGCGUUAUAUAGCGAGUGUGCCCACUCUAGUAUUGGCACAUGCGCUCUAGCCAACAGCUCACAGAUACAGUGCAGGUAUAGCCUACUUGAGAUUAUUAUGGACAAAAGAGCAAGAUAAUUUUUCUUUGUCACAGCAGCCAAGCAUCGAUGAUCAUGUCACCAGAAUAAGACCCUCGAUAUUUAUUGGAAAGGAGGAUCAAGCUCAUCAUCUGCACUUUCACCACCCUGUGAAGUUAAUCAUAAUUCAUUGAAUCUGUAUUCUAAUAAACUGCAUGCUUUCCCGACGAGUCGUAGUGGAAGGACCACACAACAUUUCAUUGCGUGACUCCAAGUUUACUUCGAUAUGAUGGUUAUUAUAGUAAUAUUUGUGCAUAAAAGCAUUUCCACCGUCAUUUCUUGCAUAAUUUUACAGACACAAAGAUCCCACCUUGUCUAGCCUGUUUUGUUUUUGGAAAGUUCACCGACAAAUGUUCUGUUUCCAUCAGGCCUGUCAUGACAUUAUUUUGGACCGACAUGUACUUCACUUGCAUAAAAAGGUUGGAUGGAAACCUGGUUUGUGUUGCCAAACGCGCUGUAGAAAAUGGUUUUACUGGCAGAGCUACAGUUGAAGUCGGAAGUUUACAUACACCUUAGCCAAAUACAUUUAAACUCAGUUUUUCACAAUUCCUGACAUUUAAUCCUAGUAAAAAUUCCCUGUCUUAGGUCAGUUAGGAUCACCACUUUAUUUUAAGAAUGUGAAAUGUCAGAAUAAUAGUAGAGAGAAUGAUUUAUUUCAGCUUUUAUUUCUUUCAUCACAUUCCCAGUGGGUCAGAAGUUUACAUACUCAAUUAGUAUUUGGUAGCAUUGUCUUUAAAUUGUUUAACUUGGGUCAAACAUUUCGGGUAUCCUUCCACAAGCUUCCUACAAUAAGUUGGGUGAAUUUUGUCCCAUUCCUCCUGACAGAGCUGGUGUAACUGAGUCAGGUUUGUAGGCCUCCUUGCUCGCACACGCUUUUUCAGUUCUGCCCACACAUUUUCUAUAGGAUUGAGGUCAGGGCUUUGUGAUGGCCACUCCAAUACCUUGUUGUCCUUAAGCCAUUUUGCCACAACUUUGGAAGUAUGCUUGGGGUCAUUGUCCAUUUGGAAGACCCAUUUGCGACCAAGAUUUAACUUCCUGACUGAUGUCUUGAGAUGUUGCUUCAAUAUAUCCACAUAAUUUUCCUUCCUCAUGAUGCCAUCUAUUUUGUGAAGUGCACCAGUCCCUCCUGCAGCAAAGCACCCCCACAGCAUGAUGCUGCCACCCCCAUGAUUCAUGGUUGGGAUGGUGUUCUUCGGCUUGCAAGCAGCCCACUUUUUCCUCCAAACAUAACGAUGGACAUAACGAGGACAUUUCUCCAAAAAGUACAAUCUUUGUCCCCAUGUGCAGUUGCAAACCGUAGUCUGGCUUUUUUAUGGCGGUUUUGGAGCAGUGGCUUCUUCCUUGUUGAGCGACCUUUCAGGUUAUGUCGAUAUAGGACUUGUUUUACUGUGAAUAUAGAUAUUUUUGUACCUGUUUCCUCCAACAUCUUCACAAGGUCCUUUUGCUGUUGUUCUGGGAUUGAUUUGUACUUUUCGCACCAAAGUACGUUCAUCUCUAGGAGACAGAACGCGUCUCCUUCCUGAGCGGUAUGACGGCUGGGUGGUCCCAUGGUGUUUAUACUUGCGUACUAUUGUUUGUACAGAUGAACGUGGUACCUUCAGGCGUUUGAAAAUAACUCCAAAAGAUGAACCAGACUUGUGGAGGUCUACCAUUUUUUUCUGAGGUCUUGGCUGAUUUCUUUUGAUUUUCCAAUGAUGUCAAGCAAAGAGGCACUGAGUUUGAAGCUAGGCCUUGAAAUGCAUCCACAGGUACACCUCCAAUUGACUCAAAUGAUGUCAAUUAGCCUAUCAGAAGCUUCUAAAGCAUGACAUCAUUUUCUGGAAAUUUUCCAAGGUGUUUAAAGGCACAGUCAACUUAGUGUAUGUACACUUCUGACCCACUGGAAUUGUGAUGCAGAGAAUUAUAAGUGAAAUAAUCUGUCUGUAAACCGUUGUUGGAAAAAUGACUUGUGUCAUGCACGAAGUAGAUGUCCUAACCGACUUGCCAAAUCUAUAGUUUGUUAACAAGAAAUGUGUGGAGUGGUUGAAAAACAAGUUUUAAUGACUCCAACCUAAGUGUAUGUAUACUUCCGACUUCGACUGUAUGUAGGCUACCGGAGUGGACACAACUCACAUCUUGCUGAUUGCACAUCUAACUGCUGAUUGGGGCUUUUUGGUUGCCAGGUUCACCUUACAAAUUGUUGUUACUUCUGCUUUAAAUAGUCAGUGCAUUUGGUCAUUUUUACAUGAACAGUGUAAAGGUGUAAUUUCAUAAGGACAGCAAUAAUAUUUGCCAGCCACACUGGUCGGAACGGGAGAAGAGCGCAGCUCUCCGUAAAGUUCCAAAAGUCAAAACCAUUUGCUUUUGAGACGGGUGAAAUCCAAAGCUGCAUUAUAUUAAUUGGCUAUGUAUGUCAUAGCUCAUUUCUAAUAUUAAAAUGUUACUAGCUCCAAAUAAACAAAUCUGCUAUAUGACAACUUAAUCAGUGGGUGUGAUGAGGAUUUAAAAAGUGGGGGACAAAAACAUUAAUUGAUUAAUUUAGAAUUGAAAAUGAAUGUUUAUCCAACAAUUGUUUGUGCAUCACAUCGAUAUGUUACACUAAUUACAUCUAAUUGCACCAAAUCGUUAUUAUCUAACCAAAGUCUUACAUUUUGUCUUUACUGACAGUGUACCGCAUUAGCUUCAAGCAAAGCUUCGCAGAGAUGAACGAGGGCACAAAGGAGUGGAAAUCGGUUAUCGCAGGAAUGUUCUUCUUUAUUGGCAUGACCGGACUGGUCGUGCUAUGGCAGAGGAAGUUUGGUAUGUCUUGUAAUAGGAAAAGGAAUGGGAACAUUUGGCCAUCAGUGCCCCUUCAAAAAAAUGGGUUGCAUGUCUUCUCUGCCCAGUGUAUUGCCUCAACCAUAAUUGUUAUAACUGACAAGCAACCAGUUGUUAUUGUGAAACAGAAUAUGUUCUCAAUUAUGUUUACCUUGGUAGAUAAACGUUCAAUACAGACUAUUAGAGAAUAGAUGUUCAUAGGUAAACUUUAAGGCAGAGCCUAACAAGCUGUGUCUGUCUCGCUGCAGUGUACGGACCUGUCCCCCCCACCUUUGAGUCAGAAUGGAAAGAGAAGGAGUUGCAGAGGAUGCUGGACAUGAGGAUCAACCCCGUGGAGGGCUUCUCUGCCAAAUGGGACUAUGAGAACAAGGAAUGGAAGAAGUAAACCAACCAUCCAGAGGACCACAUUACAUACCAUGACACCAACAAACAUACCAAUACUCUUGUCUGUAUUUAUCUAUUGUCCACAUUACCUCAGUCAAUACGUUUUGGAAGGCCUCUUCCUCUUAAGGUUAUCAUGUAUUAUAGAGCAAAAUAAAAGUUCUUAUGUUUACCCAAUA